AUGGUGAACGUUCGAGUAGAUGUUCUAGAAUCUUUGAAUAACAAUUUUCUUCAGACAUUAAACAGUGCUUGGAAUGACCAUCAAACAUCUAUGGUGAUGAUUAGAGAUAUACUUAUGUAUAUGGAUCGGGUUUAUGUCCAACAGAAUAAUGUAGAAAAUGUGUACAACUUAGGUUUGAUACUGUUUCGAGACCUUGUGGUCCGGUAUGGCUGUAUUAGAGAUCAUCUCCGACAAACCUUACUAGAUAUGGUUGCUAGAGAAAGAAGAGGUGAAGUUGUUGACAGGGGAUCUGUGAAAAAUGCCUGUCAAAUGCUAAUGGUGCUUGGUAUUGAUUCAAGAGCAGUGUAUGAAGAAGACUUUGAAAGUCCCUUCUUGGACCAGUCAGCAGAUUUUUAUAGGUUGGAAAGCCAGAACUUUUUAGCAGAAAACAGUGCUUCAGUUUAUAUAAAGAAAGUAGAAGCCAGAAUAAAUGAAGAAGCAGAAAGGGCUACACAUUAUCUGGAUAAAUCCACAGAAGAACCAAUUGUAAAGGUUUUGGAGUUAGAGCUGAUAUGUAAACAUAUGAAAACAAUUGUGGAUAUGGAAAAUUCAGGUGUUGUGCACAUGUUGAAGAAUAAAAAAACAGAUGACCUGGCCUGUAUGUAUAAGUUAUUCAUCAGAGUUCAAGAAGGUUUAAAAACAAUGUGUCAAUGUGUUAGUGGUUAUUUACGAGAACAAGGUAAAGCAUUAGUUACUGAAGAAGAAGGAAGUAAAAAUGCCAUCCAAUACGUGCAGGAUCUACUAGACUUGAAAGAUAGAUUUGAUCACUUUCUACAUAAGUCAUUUGGUGAUGACAGGCUCUUCAAACAAACCAUAUCGGGAGAUUUUGAAUAUUUCCUGAAUUUAAACAACAAAUCACCUGAAUACCUAUCUCUCUUUAUUGAUGACAAACUCAAAAAGGGAGUCAAGGGAAUGUCCGAGCAAGAAGUUGAGGUAGUUUUAGAUAAAGCUAUGGUGCUGUUUAGAUUCUUACAAGAAAAAGAUGUGUUCGAAAGAUACUAUAAACAACAUUUAGCCAAGCGGUUGUUGCUCAAUAAGAGUGUAUCUGAUGAUUCAGAAAAGAACAUGAUUUCAAAACUCAAGACUGAAUGUGGAUGUCAAUUUACUUCUAAAUUAGAAGGAAUGUUCAAAGAUAUGACUGUGUCAAAUACUACAAUGGAGGAAUUUAAAAAUCAUGUACAGACAUCAGGGACUUCACUACAUGGCGUUGACCUGAAUGUAAGGGUUCUAACGACAGGUUUCUGGCCAACACAGUCUGCAACUCCUAAGUGUACUGUGCCAGCACAGGCCAGAACUGCAUUUGAAGCAUUCAGAAGGUUUUAUCUUGGUAAGCAUAGUGGUCGUCAACUAACACUACAACCAUCACUGGGAUCAGCUGAUCUGAAUGCUUCUUUCUUUGCACCAAAGAAGGAUGGUUCAGGAGGGCCACAAAUAAGAAAACAUAUUCUACAAGUCUCAACUUAUCAGAUGGUUAUAUUAAUGUUAUUUAACACAAGGGAACAGUGUUCUUAUGAGGAAGUUGCUCAAGAAACUGACAUCCCAACAAGAGAUCUAAUUAGAGCUCUUCAGUCAUUGGCCUGUGGUAAACCACAACAGCGAGUACUAUCAAAGGAACCAAAGUCAAAGGAGAUUGAACCCAAUGAUUCAUUUACUGUCAAUGAUCAUUUCUCAUCAAAGUUGCACAGAGUUAAGAUACAAACAGUUGCUGCCAAAGGAGAGUCGGAACCAGAGAGAAAAGAAACAAGAAGCCGUGUUGAUGAAGACAGAAAACAUGAAAUUGAGGCUGCAAUUGUUCGUAUUAUGAAAUCAAGGAAAAGGAGGUCACAUAACUUGCUUGUUGCAGAGGUUACUGAGCAAUUGAAGUCACGAUUUUUACCUAGCCCUGUUGUUAUUAAGAAACGAAUUGAAAACUUGAUAGAAAGAGAAUACUUGGCAAGAACUCCAGAUGACAGAAAAAUGUACACGUAUGUUGCCUAAGCGUUUCACUACAGCAAUGUGUUCAGCAGAAUAUGCACACAAUGGGCUUGUUCUGUUGGAAUUAGAACAAUACUUUAUUAUACUUUCUAUGCUUGCUGACCUUUCAUGUUGUGACCACAGUGCCUAUUUUUGAAAUGAACUUUAUUUUGGUCGAAUUAGCUCCUGACAGUUAUAAAACACAAUACUUCUCAUGCUCUCAGUUCUUUGUUUUUUUUCGCCCAGUGUGCUAUGAAAAAAGUGGGGGCUGGAAGGAUCCAACAUGUCCAGGUGUGAAUCCCACUGUAAAAGAUAUGUAACUAUAUAGAGUAGUUCUUUAUUAAAAACUUUUUUUGCAAUCACUGUAAGUAAACUUGAUGAAUUCAGAAAUAAAAACUCUUUAUUAAUGUAAAA